AUGGAGCAGCCCCUGGCCAGCGGCAGCGACAGCGACAGCGACAGCCGCAGCGCCCCGGAGACCCUGAGCGAGGUGGUGCGGGUGCACCUGMGGAAGCUGUGUCUGCACGAGUUUCCCUGCGGCAUUGGCAGCUGGAACAGGUCGCAUUUUCUUCCUCAAACAUGGCGAACCUGGAGGGAGCUGACCCCCAGGGAGGAGGAGACUGUGAGCCCAGGGGAGGAGACUGUGGAGGCCCUGCUGGGACUGGUGCGUAGUCCCCACUCACCGUGGGCUCUGGUGGAGGACUCCAGUGCUGAGGACCAUUUUCUGAGAGAACUGGCCAUCCAGAAUCCACUGAUGCUCAAAGACACCUUCUUGUACUCCUAUUUCCGAUCACUGAGGAUGGUAGACAAGCAGGUGAGCCUGGUGGAUAAGGACCUCCUAAAAUUUAUAAACCUUGAGGAGCUGAUCCUGAGUGCCAAUAAAAUCAAGGAAGUCAAUGCUGCCAAUCUGCCCCCCACACUCAAGGUGCUGGAGCUGUAUGGCAACGAGAUCCGCAGCAUGGAGUGUCUGUGUGCUCACCCACCCCCUGGGCUCCAGCAUCUGGGGCUGGGCCACAACAAACUGCUGGGCCCCUUGGAGAGUCUCUAUGUCACCAACAACUACUGGCCCAACCUUGUCUCCCUGGAUCUGGGCUUCAAUGACCUGACAGACCUGCAGGGCAUGAUGGUCAGCCUCAGCACACUCAGGCACCUGCGGCUGCUGGUGCUGCAGGGGAACCCGCUGGCCCUGGUGCCCUACUACCGAGGCUUCACCAUCGACAGCCUGACCCGGCUGUGCGUGCUGGAUGACAUCACUGUGUCUCCCAACGAGAAGCAUCAGUUCCGGGGAUUCAGCCUCAGUGGCGACUUCCUGGCACAAGAAGCACAGUUUGUGGUGUCCAUUGGAAACGUCAAGGGCGUUGUGGACACCUCUAUCUGGGACCCGGAGCCAGGCCCCGAAGGCCCUUUCAUCACCUACAACUAUUACGUGACCUACGACUUUGUGGAAGAGGAGCAAGGCGAGGGGAGCCAGUAUGGUGGCGUGCUGGCCGAGAUUGUCAGGCCCUCCAGCGCAGAACUUGUAGGCGAUGAGCUGCAGGGGGGGUCAGAGGUGCAGCUGUUGGAGGAGCUUCAAGAGGCCAAUGAGUCCCAGGAGUCGGGGGCGACGGAGAUGGGAGAGUCAGAGUUGUCCUUCAUCUCAGGCCGCUCAGCCCUGCCAGUGCCCCUCUCCUCCAUCAACUCUGCAGAGGAGCUGGCAAAGCUGCGGCCACGGAUGGAUCCCCGGCUCUUCCCAUCCCCUGGGACCGUCCUCUUCAGCACCAACCAUAAGCCCUGGGCUGAUGUCAUUUCCUACAACUAUGAGAUGCAGCACACCUUCAAGGACCUGGUGCCACUCAAGGCCUUCCUACUGUCGGGGACCACUGUGACUAUUGUGGAGGAGAAGAUCGUUUCCUGGGCUGUGGUGCCACUUCCUGUUGAAAUUCCCUUGCCUGCCAAGAAAGGAAAAGGGGAGAAAGACAAGAAGGAAACUGAUGGGAAAAAUAAGAAAGGGAAAGCGGAGAAGGAACCCCGCAAGGAACAGAAGACACCCAAGAAAAAGAAAGAAAUUCCCAAGGAGCUCCGCCAGGAACCGUCUGUGCUGCGGGUGCUGGGUAGCAACUUGGUGGCCCUGGAGCCAUUGCUGGCAGGGGAGUCCCAGGUGUCCACUGUGUGCAAUUAUGGGGUCAUCCGCACCCUGGAGUCUGACAAGAUGACAUUAACUAGGGAUUUAAAGAAGACCAAGAAAGGGGCCAAAAAGGAAAAGUCAAAACCGCAGAUGCCGAGYUUCGACAGUGACUACCAGCCAGAGCCGCUGACGGUGGAGGUCCAGAUCCAGCUGAAUCAGUACCGCACCGCGGAGGAGGCGCUCCGCUUCUAG